AUGGCGUUUCUGGUGCUUCAAAGGCGCCGCUCCACGUGCUGUGGUAGAAUUCUAAUUACAGGUGCUUACAUGUUUAACAAAACCAGUACCCCAGUUUCAAAGAGGACGACAGCAAUGGCGCAGCAAAUAGUGAAAGAGAUGCCCCCCUUUCGGUUGGAGCAGCUUCCUUUUGACCUUGAUGACCUAAGCCUCAAUUCUACAGACAUGAAUCAUCUUGUGACCCCUAAACAGAACGACAUGAAGCCCUUACUUGUGGACGAGGAUUCUGGGCUGGGCAUGGACACAUUUGAUACGAUACAAGAAGACCACACAGACGCAGAUAUAUCGUUUGACACCUAUAAACUGAACACAGACACUCCUUGCUCUAGAAGAUCUUUAUUUGGUUUCCAGAAGCGCAAUCGGAGGGACAGUAAGGGUUCUCGAAUCACCAAGCGCCGGAAGCACGUGACUCCAAGUGGCGAGAACAUCCAGAAAUCUCUGUCUUUAGAGGAUUGUCAAACGCUGAACUCCGCCACCGACCAGAGCGAUGUACAACAGUUUGUGGAGCGAGUGACGCAAGAAGAAAAUUUGGUAGGCGACGGAAGUGCGGCCUUCUCUCUACCCACCAUCCCUGGCAAACAUGCCGACCUCAAGAGCAUUACCAAUAAUACAGUAUCCAAGUUACUGAGAGGAGAAUUUGAUGACGUAAUAGGGAGUUAUCACGUCAUAGACUGCCGUUAUCCGUACGAAUAUGAAGCAGGUCACGUGAAGGAUGCCAUUAACUUGUACAAAGAGACUGAUGUCGAAACAAUUCUUGAUUUCAAAGAGAACCAUGGCGAUGAUGAAGGAAAGAGAGACAUUCUAAUCUUUUACUGCGAAUUUUCAUCCGAAAGGGGCCCAAGAAUGUAUCGGAACGUAAGGAAGGCAGAUAGAUUCCUGAACCAAAACCAGUAUCCCAAACUGAACUUUCCCGAAAUGUACUUGAUGCACAGUGGAUAUAAAUCCUUUUUUGAAGAUCAGAAGAAUUUAUGUGAACCAAAAGAUUACAAACCAAUGCUUCACAAAGCACAUGUUGAGGACUUACGUCACUUCCGUACCAAAUCUAAGUCUUUUACUGCCGGAGAAAAAAAGAAGAUAGCUAAUCGUCUUUCUUUCUAAGACUGUUAUUGAUAUUUUUGUUAUGAUUUGAAUUGUACAUAUUUUAUGUUGAUUUAUCGACAGUCUAUUUAUUGGGACGCUAGCGUUCUGUUGUUAUCCGAUUCAUUGUAUGACUGUGAUUCUUACUGGAAGUUUGUUACUGAUUGUUAACGGUAUGUGUGUCAAAACAUUAAA